AUGUCAUCACCACUUAAUACCAGAGUAAUUGAACAUUUAUCCAAGUUGGAAGAUAAAUUAGACACUUUGAGUCAUAAUUUAACAGGACUUAAUAUAAUACAUGAAAACUUAAUCAACUUUAAUGAAUCAUGCAGUUCAUUAUUAUAUGGGAUGAUGUGUAAUUCAUGGUGUGUUGAUUUCAAAUUAGUUUCUCCAAUAGAAGGUCCUGAUAGCAAAACAGACCAGCAAAAUGUUGACAAUACCAAGAUAAUUGAGUACUUAAAUGAAAUCAAUACUCUGGAUGAGAAAAUUAGUAAAAUGCAACAACAAAUUGAUGAACUUGAAAAACAACAGACAGCUGAUACCACAGUCGGCACUGUUACAAAUAAAAAUUCGUUUGUUAAACCCACGCACCUCCCAGUUUAUAAUAACAAUAAUGUUCCUAACAGAACUUCCCAUAAUACCAAAAGGAAAAUUAAUACAAAUUCAGUCGUUUCUAGUAAUAAUAUCAGUCGCAAUAAAUUUAGGAGAGUAGUCCCAACUCCAGAAAUAUACAAGCAUGAUAACAAUAAUAAUAUUAAUACCCCUGAAUAUGAUACAGAUACUUCAUUCGUAUCGAAUCCAGAAAUGGUUCAAAACGCUUCUGUUUCUGCUAGUAAUAAUACUUUAAUUCGUAAUCCCAGUAAUGUAGAAUAUAAGCGCCGUAGAAAAUCUACAAUAUUAAACACAAUAAGACAGAAUAGAAAUCAAUUGAAUAAUAAUUAUAAGUCUCUAAAUCAAGAAACACCAACAAGCAUGCGAGUGAUAAGUGACAAUGGCGGUAAUGAAGUAGGGGUAAAAAACACUAAUAAUGAAAAUAGAAGAAUGUCGUUGGCUAUUGGUGCUUCAAGAUUAACCAAACAUAAUGGUAAAAGGAUAGGCAAUAAUUCAUCUACUGUGGGUAAUAUUAAUAAGGGUAAAAUGCAUAAUAGAUUUACAAAUAACGAUAAGAAUAGAACCACUAUUGGAGAAAGACCGCCAUUUAGAUAG